GCAAAAAAUAGCCGGAGCCUUGAACCAGAAUCGGCUGGAUAAGAGCGCACCUCUAACAUUGCAUUGCAGACCCUGGGAUUUCGCGGAAGGCAAUCUUUGCUCUUGUAGGGCAAGACAUUAGGCUUCAGACAUGGUAAAAAACCUAAAAAGUCCCGUGACCUACGCGAAGAUGAAGGGCUUGAUGUCACAAUUUUCAGCCCUAAUUAAAGAGAGGAAAGCCCUCGCUAGUGACUUGAUGCUGAAGCUUGUGGCCAGUCCGAAGAUAUAUCGGCGUUUUGACUCUAAUGGGUUUCUCAGGCCGGAGGAGGAUGCAGCUGACGAACUAUGUUUCAGAGGCGCUUCACCACACAAGGUGACGGCUGCAGAUUUUGAUUACUUGAAGGUGAUUGGGACUGGAAGCUUCGGAAAGGUUCUAUUGGCCAGGCAGAAGGAGAGUAAGAACUAUUAUGCUGUGAAGGUUCUACAGAAGCACCCCAUUCUGCAGAGAAAAGAACAGGGCCAUAUCAUGUGUGAGCGCAGUGUUCUAUUGCGGACCCUCAAUCACCCUUUCCUGGUCAGACUCCACUACUGCUUUCAGACCAGUGACAAACUCUACUUUGUGCUUGACUAUGCCAGUGGAGGAGAGCUCUUCUAUCAUCUACAGCAAGAGCGUGUGUUUUUGGAGCCCAGAGCUCGAUUCUACGCUGCUGAAAUUGCAAGUGCACUGGGAUAUCUACAUGCCCUAGAUAUCAUCUAUAGGGACCUGAAGCUGGAAAAUGUUUUGUUGGACAGAUCUGGCCAUAUCCUACUGACAGACUUUGGCUUGUGUAAAGAGGGAGUAGACCGAGAAGGUCGGACCGGGACAUUCUGUGGAACACCUGAAUACCUGCCCCCUGAGGUGCUGGAGCAAAGGGAAUAUGAUCGCACUACUGACUGGUGGGCACUUGGUGUGGUGCUUCAUGAGAUGGUCUACGGCCAGCCUCCAUUUUUCAGUGAGUCCCGUUCUAGGAUGUUGAAGAAUAUCCUUCAUCAGCCACUCCUUUUGAGUCCUGGGAUCUCCAAACCUGCCAGAGACCUGCUGCAAAGGCUACUGGAGAAGGAUCCUCGGAAGAGGCUGCAGAACCUGGCAGAGUUAGAAUGUCACCCAUUCUUCUCCUCUAUUAAUUGGACUGAACUUGUGGAAAAGAAAGUGCGGCCUCCUUUUAGACCAUCCCUGUCAGGGCCUGUUGACCUGGUGAACUUUGACCCUGAAUUCACACAGUUACCGGUUCCACCCUCACUUGGUGCCUGUGAAGGGUCAGGGCUAGCAUUUCCUGGCUUCAGCUUCACCAGUGACAAUGGUCCUGCUGUCUCCACUCAGUUCAGCCAAUGCUGAUUCACAAGGGUUUCUUUACUCAUGGAAGUUCGAGCAUCAUUGCAAAGGAUCAUCAGCAUUGUUUCAAUAUGCUAUGAAUGCAUUUUUUUAUAUCUCACUUCAAGAUAGAUAGAUUUAGAAUGUUCUAAUUUUUCUUGAACCAAGCAAAUACUGAGCUAGUAUUUCAUCUGUCAGUUCUUUGUUGAAAAAUGUGACGCCUUUAAGGUAUAGGUUUCCUCUAAGGUAAAUCCCUUGGACCAAAUGACUGUAAAAUGUAUCUACACAUUUUCUUAUUUUAUUUAUUGUUUUACAUUUACCAGUCAGUGAAAUUAUAUAGGGAACCACUACUGAAGUUACAUUUUUUUAAAAAGGUGUCUCCCAUAUUGCAAUGUCUUAAUUGUUUGGCAGCAGCUAUGAGAAAAUGGAAAACUAUAAAGGUUUUUGUCUCACUGUAAAUUAAUUGGGUGGAAUUAUAUUAUACUUUUCAUCAUUACAGAGUACAAUGAAUAUUUUAGGUUAGGCCUACAUAAUAAAUGUCUGUUUCUCAUUAA